CCUUCUUUUUGCCGAAAAAACAUGUAGUGCUUAUGGUUGGAAAAUUAUCCAGAUCGGAAGACUGAAAAAGAAAACGUAAUUAUUCUGGCAAUGUUGCUUGAGAGAUACAUACUAAACAAAGUCAUUUUCCUGCCUUAUUGUCUGAUCUAUCGCUUAAAAAUAAUCAUAAACAUAAAGUCUCAACCUUCUUUUAUACCAACCAAGGCUAAUAGAACAUAAAAACAAAUGAUU